AAACAAAAUAAAAAUAAAUAGAAAACGAAGAAACAUCUGGGCCGAAUCUGUGACACACAUGAAGUAUGAUGGUCCGCCCCUUCACCAUAUAAAGUGGAAGCAUUUGCUCUCAAAUACCAGCUCCCGAUCCAUCCACCUCAUCUCUUCUCCUUUCCGAUCUUUCUUUCUCCUCUCUUUCUCUCUCUGCCCUCGAAAUCGCCGCCAGCGGUCGCCGGCCGGGAUAUGGAGUCGUCAUCGCCGUCGUCAUCGUACCUGAACCUGUUCCUGGAGGAGACGAGCUUCUACAACCGCAUUGUGCUCGGGAGCCUGCUGCCCAAGUGGGUGUGGGCCCCGCUGCCACACUUCUUCCAGUCGUGGCUGCGUAACUACCUCGGCGGCACCUUAAUCUACCUCGUCUCCGGCUUCCUCUGGUGCUUCUACAUUUACUACCUCAAACGCAACGUUUAUCUCCCCAAAGAUGCCAUUCCCUCUAAUAAAGCCAUGUUUUUGCAAAUAUAUGUUGCCAUGAAGGCCAUGCCGUGGUACUGUGCUCUUCCGUCUGUCUCUGAGUACAUGGUUGAGAAUGGCUGGGCCAGGUGCUUCUCAAGAAUAAGUGAUGUAGGUUGGGUUGCAUACCUCAUCUAUUUAGCAAUUUAUAUGAUUGUCGUCGAGUUUGGAAUCUAUUGGAUGCACAGGGAGUUGCAUGACAUAAAGCCUCUGUAUAAAUGGCUACAUAAUAUACAUCACAUCUACAACAAGCAAAAUACCCUCUCUCCAUUUGCUGGUUUGGCUUUCCACCCACUUGAUGGGAUACUGCAGGCAGUUCCGCAUGUUAUAGCUCUAUUUCUUGUGCCAAUGCAUUUUACUACUCACAUAGCGCUCCUAUUUCUUGAAGCCAUAUGGACUGCAAACAUUCAUGAUUGCAUACAUGCCAAAAUAUGGCCUGUGAUGGGUGCUGGAUACCACACCAUUCAUCAUACUACGUAUCGCCACAAUUAUGGACAUUAUACUAUAUGGAUGGACUGGAUGUUUGGAACUCUUCGUGACCCUAUCAACGAGGAGUCUAAGGUCUUAUGAAGCAUGCUUGCCUACCUGAGCAAUGAGUUUUCCAUCGAUUUGGAAUGUUGGUUGGACGGCCUUUCCUUUUGUCUCUUAUUUAUGAAGUUUUGUGCUUGUAAAUUUAAAUUGACAGAGAUACUUGCUUGAGUUUUUUCUUUUUGGUCUAAGCGGUUGCCUCCUGAGUUAAUGGCCAAUGAUCCGGAUUCUCUGUAUGGAUUUAAGUUGCUUAGAUUUGCUUGGAUGUCUUAUAACCAUUAGAAGUAGUAAGAAUGACAUAAGAAUAACAUGGUGGUCUUAGAUUGUAUUCAAUUUAAUGGUUAGAAGUCAUCCAAGCAACAUAAAUCCAAGUAGAGAAGCCAAAUUCUAAUUCAUUAAGCUGCGGAGGAGAUAGUUUGAGCUUCCAAACGAGUUUUAUCUCCCUCAGUUGGUCCCUUCGUCUCCCAUAACAAUGUAGUUAGUUAUAUAAUAAGUUGUUUAGUUGUAUAAUUCUGCUACAUUUUUAAAAAUGGAUUAGAGUUAUGGGAAUG